CUCAUGCAACUCACCCACCUGCAGCGAGACUCCUCUUCUACCUUCUCGUCUUCUUCCUCCUCCUCCUCCUCCUCUCCUCCUCGCCGCAUAACACCGGCGGCAGCGCAGCCAUAGAAAUAGAGCUGGCUAGCUUACAUCAUCGUCGUCGUCAUCACCAUGUGUAGCUAGCUCCAAACAAAACUUGGAGAGAAUUGGAGCGUACUACGUACUACUGCAGAUAGCAUCGAUCCCAGCAGCAAGAAGACGAGGAGACGACUAAGCUACUACCAGCUUGCUAGAUAGCUGCAGUCUCUUUUUUGGCUUUUCGAAUUUAUUAUAACCCCGGUUCGUGUUUGCUAGCUCAUCCAUCGCCCCAAUAUCUAUACUAUGUUUCAAUCUCCAUCGCCUCAAACUAGAAUGGCUUGCAUAUGAUUUCUUUUGGUUUCAUCUGCUGUGUGCUAGCUGUUGAUUCUUCUUCUACCAGCUCAGCUCGUUCUCCAUGCCCUAUUCCAAGCUAUAGUUAAUUUGCUUGGCGUUUAUUCAGAUCGUAAUAGCUGCCACCAUGCCUCGGCUUUGCUUGUGAGUCGUGCUCCAGAUCGAGGAGGAUUUGAAGUCAGCUGCUAGACUAGCUAGCUACCAAGAUACAAAUACUGCACGGAGUGUGACUUGGAUCGAUUGGACUAGUCAUCAGUAACUUGGCUUAAUUCCAUGCAUGCCUAUCACCUGAAGAAUUAAUUCACGAGAGAACAAGACAAUUAGUGAGUUGCUCAGCUGAUUAACUCCGAGGUCUAUCGCCUGUGAUAGAGAUAGAUCGAUGGCGGCCGCGUCUGCACACUACUUCGGUCUGAGUGAGCCGGCGCAGAUGCAGCAGCAGCAGCAGCAGCAGCAGGCUCACCUGCAGAGCAACGCGGCGGCUCCUCCCGCCGCAGCCACGCCGCCGCCCAAGAAGAAGAGGAAUCAGCCCGGAAACCCAAAUCCUGACGCGGAGGUGAUCGCGCUGUCGCCGCACACGCUGCUGGCGACGAACAGGUUCGUGUGCGAGGUGUGCAACAAGGGGUUCCAGCGGGAGCAGAACCUGCAGCUGCACCGGCGAGGGCACAACCUGCCGUGGAAGCUGAAGCAGAAGAACCCCAAGGAGACGCGGCGGCGCGUGUACCUCUGCCCGGAGCCGUCCUGCGUCCACCACGACCCCUCCCGCGCCCUCGGCGACCUCACCGGCAUCAAGAAGCACUACUGCCGCAAGCACGGCGAGAAAAAGUGGAAGUGCGACAAGUGCAACAAGCGCUACGCCGUCCAGUCCGACUGGAAGGCUCACUCCAAGACCUGCGGCACCCGCGAGUACCGCUGCGACUGCGGCACCCUCUUCUCCAGGAGGGAUAGCUUCAUCACUCACCGAGCCUUCUGCGACGCGCUGGCGCAGGAGAGCGGGAGGAUGCCGCCCAUGGCCGGCACCGCCCUCUACGGCGCCGGCAGCCUUGCCGCCAUCGGCCUCGCCGGCAUGGCCGCCCCCCAGCUGCAAUCCUUCCAAGACCAGACGCCCCACUCGUCUGCCAUCACCGGCGGCAACGCGGCAACGCAGUUCGAUCACCUCAUGGCGCCGUCGUCCGCCGCCUCCCCCGCGUUCCGCGCCACGCAGCCGGCAUCGUCGGCGUCCUCGCCGUUCUACCUCGGCAGUGGCGCCGACGACGGGCAAACCCACACCUCGUUGCUCCACGGCAAGCCGGGCUUCCACGGCCUGAUGCAGCUGCCGGAGCAGCACCAGCCGGCCGGGAACAAUGGCCUCCUUAACCUGAGCUACUUCUCCGGCGCGAACGGCGGCGGCCACCAGGACGCGCGCCUCAUCUACCCGGAGCAGUUCAACGGCGCCGGGGCCGGGAACGGCCGCCCGGGCAGCGGCGGCCAGCACGGGAACAGCGGCGCCAACACCGACUCGGCGAGCAUCUUCUCCGGGAACAUGAUGGGUGGCGGCUUCUCUUCCCUGUACAGCUCCUCCGACCAGUCCGUCGCACCACCGCAGAUGUCGGCGACGGCGCUCCUGCAGAAAGCCGCCCAGAUGGGCGCGACGACGAGCAGUGGAGGCGGCGCCGGCAGCGUCAACACCCUGCUCAAAGGGCUCGGAAGCGGCGGCGCUCUGAACGGGAAGGCUGCAGGGUUCAUCAUGUCCGGGGAGAGCUCGUCGAGGAGCACUUCACAGACGGCGGAGAACGAGAGCCAGCUCCGGGACCUGAUGAUGAACGCCGGAACGGUGUUCGUCGGCGGCGGCUUCCCCGGAGUGGACGACGGCAAGCUGAGCACGAGGGACUUCCUCGGCAUGAACGGCGGCGCGGCGGGGCUUGCACUACGGCAUAGCACCGCCGGAAUGGGCAUGGGCUCACUGGACCAGGAGAUGAAGUAAUUAAUUAAUUAACUUAACCACCAAUGCAACUUAUUAGGGUUCAUCGAUGCAUGGAGCUAAUCUAAUGGAUGGGAUCAUGGAGAUAAUGGUGGAUUAUAUGGUAUUUCGAUUAUUUAGGUGGAUCAACUGGUGAUGAUAAUGCAUGUUAAUUGUCCAUGAUUAGCUAUCAUAUCUGAUGGUCAGUCAUAUGUGCAAUAUGUAGCUGAUGAUCUGAAGGGAUCAGAACCGAAUUAAGGCGAACCAAUUCCAAUUUGAUCGAUGUUCAUUUGUAUGUGUUGUGGCUACCCAAUUUAAUUGUUGGGGGAAAUUUCAUUUAUAUUGGUAAGUGGUAACAAUUGAUUUUUGCCACUUUGAUCAAAUUAGUAGCCUUGAUAACGCUUACGAAUU